CCCGUUUAAAAAAAAUGCUCACCUCAAAUCCCGCACUUUUUCUCUCUCGUCUCUUCACAAUAACUACCGAAACAGACGCCAAAAAAAACGCUCAUCAGUUUCCUCUUCUAAUGCUCUCGCCCUCUCUGUCACAAUGGCCGAUCUCAUAGAAACUUUGGCAUGCGCCCCCUCCACGGGACGUGGUCGAGGAAUUCUAAUCUCCGGCGAUCCCACCAACUCUAUUCUCUACACUAAUGGGAGAUACGUUAUAAUCCGUUACCUCGACAACCCUCUAAAAUUCCACCUCUAUGGCGAGCAUGGAUACCCUGUCACCGUUGCCCGCUACUCCCCGAACGGUGAGUGGAUCGCAUCUGUCGACGUCUCGGGCACUAUGAGGAUCUGGGGUGCCCAUAAUGAGUUUGUGCUGCAAGAAUUUCGUGUCCUAUCGGGUCGGAUCGACGAUUAGCAGUGGUCGCUCGAUAUGUUGAGAAUUGUUGCUUCCGGUGACGGCAAGGGAAAGUCCUUCGUCAGUGCUUUUAUGUGGGAUACAGGCAGUACUGUAGGAGAUUUUGAUGGGCACUCACGGCGGGUUUUAAGCUGUGCAUUUAAACCUACAAGGCUGUUCCGAAUUGUCACUUGUGGAGAGGAAUUCAUAGUGAACUUCUAUGAAGGUCCACCCUAGAAGUUCAUGCUCUCCCACAGGGAGCAUUCCAAUUUUGUCAAUUGUGUUAGAGUUUCACCAGACGGCAGCAAAUGCAUUAGUGUAGGCUCAGACAAGAAGGGCAUAAUAUACGAUGGGAAGACAGUGGAUGAUGGUCAUACAUCCAGCAUCUAUGCUAGUUGUUGGAGUCCUGAUAGCAAACAAGUACUUACUGUCUCGGCUGACAAGACCGCAAAGAUAUGGGAAAUUUCUGAGAAUGGUUGUGGGAAUGUGAUAAAAACUUUGGCAUUUCCUGCUUCUGGUGGAGUUGAUGAUAUGCUGGUUGGAUGUCAUUGGCAAAAUCAUCAUCUUGUUAUUGUUUCCCUUGGUGGCACAAUUCACUUAUUUUCUGCUAGUGAUCUUGAUAAAGCUCCUGUAUCUUUUUCUGGACGCAUGAAAAAUGUCAAUGCAUUAACAGCUGUCCAGGGUCCAAAGUUGGUUCUGACAAACAGCUAUGAUGGACACAUUUUUAAGUGGACUCAAGGUCAUGGGUACAAGGGUAGACUAGAGAGGAAAGAUAAUGCUUUAGUUAAACGUUUAGUAGCUGUUGAACAAGAGGUUAUUACAUCUGGAUUUGACAACUAUUUGUUUCAUUCACCUCAGGUUCAGAGAGUUCCUCUAAAUGGGGAUGAAUGUGGAGCAGCAGAGCAGGUUAAUAUUGGCAGUCAGCCUAAGGAAUUGAGCCUUGCCAUUGAUUCCCCCGGACUAGUCUUGGUUUCAACUGAUUCAGGAGUUGCCUUGCUUAAAGGUCUGAAAGUAGUGUCAAACAUCAGCCUUGGAUUUAUGACGGCAUCUGUUAUUGCACCCGAUGGAAAUGAAGCAAUUGUGGGUGGCCAAGAUGGUAAGUUGCAUAUAUAUUCGGUUUCUGGCGAUAAUCUUACUGAAGCAGCAGUCCUGGAGAAGCAUAGAGGUGCAAUCAGUGUAAUACGAUAUUUGCCAGAUUUCUCCAUGUUUGCCUCAGCCGAUAUAAAUCGUGAAGUUGUUGUUUGGGAUCAUGUCUCCAAGGAGGAAUUUAUAGCUACAUGUAUGCUCUUGCUAAUCAUACUGUCUUUAAAGCAAGCAUACAUGCUGCAACAGGAGUUGAGAAUUGUGAGCCAUGGCCGUGUAAAUGAAUAUUUAAGUUGCUUCAUCCUCCAAUACCAUGUGGCUUGAUUUAGGGCAUAUGUCUUACCCAAGCUAUGAAGACAUAGGAUUAAAGGUUUAUUGUUCAAUUGGGGUUAAACCAGUAUGUUAUUCAUAAAUGUUGAAUUUAUGUUGUCCAAAUAAUAAUUUUUAUAAAUUAAUAGUGAUAUAUUAAGUUA